CUUGAAACUUGCUUCAGGCACUCAGGUACCGAGCUUCAUAGAACCUCCCACGUGGGUAGGGAUAGAUUUGGAGGGACUGCCACCCGGGAACCUAUACUAGCACGGACCUGUUGUAUUGGGGAUGCUGCAGGGCCCUCGGGCUUAGCGUCAUUACUGCCCCUCUAGCGCGAAGGCACGCCUCGAUUUCUAAUCCUGGUAUUUUAUCAUUCUUUCUUUCUACCCUCCUCCACUGCUACACCCUCCCAAGUACCUGUCUUCCGCAGUUGUCGUCCAUCUUGCUGCCAUCAUGUCGCCCUCCGUUCUCAUGGACACCUCCGACGAUUUCGUCAUGCCCUCCUCCAAAGCCCCGCAGUCGUCGCAUCGCACCCUCCUACUUUCGCCUCCGUCCCUUUCGUCGCACCAAGAAAUCCUGACCGGCCUGAUGGAAAUGCACGACCGGGCCCAUACCGACCUGCAGAUGUUGGACAGGCUGUCUCUCGGCCUAGUGUCACUUCCUCAGUCCACUUAUGACGUUAUCACCAUCCUCUCCGAUGCAGAUGGAUCACGUCGCGAGAGUCAAAAUCUAAUCAGUCGGGACAUGCUCGGCGUGCUGGUCAGAGCAUUGAAGAGUGGCGGACAUUUGCGUAGCCAGGAUGAGACGUUUGGGAUUGCGGAUGGUCCAGAGAAGAACGAGACCAUUCUCGCCGGUCUUUCUUUCCAGCCAGGAGUGGGGUUCGUUAAGCCAAACUACACCGCACAAGACUCGGUUCCGUUGAAGUUCGGGAGAAAGAAGACAUCCCAGGCUGCUGGCGGCCUUAGCAACACAACGAACGGCGAAUCAGUGUCACUGCCAGUUAAUGGGAAGCGGAAGAGCACAGAUGAUGCUCUGCCUGCAGGUGUGGGAUUUGAUGACGGGAUGGACGACUCAGACGACGAACUGAUUGACGAAGACACGUUGCUGGAUGACGAGGAUUUGAAGAGGCCCAUUAAGAUUCCAACUGAAUGCCAACCCAAGGCGAAGCGACGUCGAGCAUGCAAAGACUGUACUUGCGGGCUUGCACAGAAAUUGGAAGCCGAGGAUAGAGCCAAACGAGAGAACGCGGACAAGGCUUUGAACACGAUGAAGUUACAAGCAGACGAUCUGGCCGAGGUCGACUUUACUGUGCAGGGAAAAGUUGGAAGUUGUGGUAACUGCAGUCUUGGAGAUGCCUUCCGAUGCGACGGCUGCCCGUAUAUUGGGCUCCCUGCCUUCAAACCUGGCGAGGAGGUUCGAUUGCUGAACGAUGAGAUCCAAUUGUAGAAGUGCAUGCAAUGCAUUUCGGAGCAUGGCGACGGCGUUCCGGUCGGCGGCACCUUUUAGACUACUACCAUGUACCACAGAUGUAAAGCCAUUCAUGUAGGGGACGAGUGGACUAUCUUCAUCACAGCCUGGAUAUAAAUGCCUGCUUCCUGCUUCACAAAUAAAUGUUCUGUCGAGACUCGUGUCUGCUCCCGCGGGCCAAAUUCCGAGGCUUGUC